AUGUCGUCAGUUUUCAUAGUAAAUGGCAGCACGUACACUAGUUCGUUCGUUUAUACUCGCCUUCAUCGCUAAUUCUUCGCUUGUGAAAAGGUCAAGUCUGCGUUCUUACGUUCGCGAGCCCGUUCUCGCGAUCGUUUAAUAAAAGCCUGAUCGGGUGUUCGUUCACUUCAGUGGAGAAAUGGCUGAGGCUUCCUUACCGUCCUGCCGGUUUUUCUGCCACCGCUGUUCAUCAGAGAUAAGCCCGCGUUUACCGGACUUCACCUGUCCACGCUGUGAUUCUGGAUUUAUUGAGGAAUUGCCUGAUGAAAGAAGAAGUGACGAUAGCUCCCCAUCUACAUCCUCCGCAACUGAUCAGACACAGACCCCCAUUCAGCCCACCAUGAAUCACCAGCACUUGUUCACUUUUCCUACUGGGUACAGUCCAUUCACCGUGGGAAUUUUCAAUGAAAAUUUUGAACUCAGAACUUGGCUACCCACAGAAGAUAACAGAGACACCGAAAUUCAGCGGGAACAAGAAAUGGCGUCGCAGCAACGAUAUGGUGCGCAGCAACCACGGGGUCGACAUGCGGCUCAGCGACAGGGUACACGCCAUGAAGGAGUUCCCACGUUAGAGGGAAUUAUCCAACAGCUUGUAAAUGGGAUCAUAGCACCAACAGCCAUGCCGAAUAUUGGAAUGGGACCAUGGGGUGUACUUCAUUCUAACCCAAUGGACUAUGCGUGGGGAGCCAAUGGACUGGAUGCCAUCAUAACACAGCUACUCAACCAGUUUGAAAACACGGGUCCUCCUCCAGCGGAUAGAGAAAGGAUAAAGAGUUUGCCCACAGUCUCCAUCACAAAAGAACAUGUGGGCGCAGGUUUAGAGUGUCCUGUGUGCAAAGAAGACUACAGUGUCGAGGAGAGCGUCAGACAGCUGCCAUGCAAUCAUUUGUUUCACAAUGACUGUAUAGUCCCCUGGCUUGAACAGCAUGAUACAUGCCCCGUGUGCAGGAAGAGUCUUAACGGCCAGAACACAGCCACAAACCCACCGGGUUUAUCAGGGAUGAACUUCUCUCCCUCCUCAUCAUCCUCUUCCUCUUCCAACUCACCAAGCAAUGAGAAUGCUUCCAGCAACUCAUAGAUUCUCCCUGUCACCCUUACUUCAUAGCUGGAAACCUCACGCUCUCAAGGAGUCUUCUCUACAGCGGACACAAGCACAGCUGCUAGUCUUUAAUCUUAUGGACAUGUAAAUUGAGGUGAAUUUCUCUCAGACGUCUUAUUACUAAUCAUUCCUCCACUUUUGCUGACUGUCGGCUGGAUCCUACUCUUGCUGCUGCUACUGUUGCAGUAAUUGAGGACAUUCACCUACUAAUCGCCCUGACAGAGCCGUGGGAACUGAAACAAUCGUAAAAGUAGGAUCUGCCACAACGUUGGGGACACAUUUUUCUAUUUAAAAGUCAUGCUCUUUUUUAACGUUGCCUGUGGUGGUGCAGAUGUGUAGGUGUCAAGUUAUCUGAACAACGCUGAGCCAAUGUAAAGGAAAUGGAUGAAAUCUUGUGUAUGCUUCUGACUGAUUUUUUAUUUAUUUGCACAUUUUGUUUAUAUUUGUUUUUAAUUUUGCACUGUUUGAUAUUUUCUUAAGCAUUUCAGUAGUUUGCUUUAUCUUAACAGAUCCAGUGUGUGUGGUGCAAUUUCGGUGGUUGUUGGAUGAAUUUAUGUUGCGUUUAAAAAAAAAAAAAAAAAAAAAUUAAAUCAUGAGUGAGGAAAGGGGGGGAAAAAAAUCAAAACAUUUUUAUUUAUU